GUGUGUGAGUCACAUGGUCUGGUCACGUGGUCUGGUCACAUGGCCUGUGACGUCACCUGCUCACAUCUACGGGAGGGGAACUAGUCCCUUCCAUCUUAGACGCUACCAUUGCUGCAGCCUCUCACUGUCGGUCGAGGUUCUGAAUCUAGCAUCAUCCGUCAGGGUGAAUAUCUUACAAAUAUGAUGACAGAAGAUAUAGAGGGAGAAGUAGAGACGUAUGUAACUGCUAUGAAGGCAGAAGAACCGGAAGGAGAAGAGACGUGUGUGACCGAUACGAAGGCAAAAGGUAUAGAGGGAGAAGAAGAGACGUAUGUGACUGACAUAAAGGGAGAAGAAGAGAUGUAUGUGACUGAUAUGAAGGCAGAAGAUAUAGAGGGAGAAGAAGAGACGUAUGUGACUGAUAUGAAGGCAGAAGAUAUAGAGGGAGAAGAAGAGACGUAUGUGACUGAUAUGAAAGCAGAAGAUACAGAGGGAGAAGAAGAGACGUAUGUGACUGAUAUGAAGGCAGAAGAUAUAGAGGGAGAAGAAGAGACGUAUGUGACUGAUAUGAAGGCAGAAGAUAUAGAGGGAGAAGAAGAGACGUAUGUGACUGAUAUGAAAGCAGAAGAUACAGAGGGAGAAAAAGAGACGUAUGUGACUGAUAUGAAGGCAGAAGAUAUAGAGGGAGAAGAAGAGACGUAUGUGACUGAUAUGAAGGUAGAAGAUAUAGAGGAAGAAGAAGAGGUGUAUGUGACUGAUAUGAAGGCAGAAGAUAUAGAGGGAGAAGAAGAGACGUAUGUGACUGAUAUGAAAGCAGAAGAUAUAGAGGGAGAAGAAGAGACGUAUGUGACUGAUAUGAAGGCAGAAGAUAUAGAGGGAGAAGAAGAGACGUAUGUGCCUGAUAUGAAGGCAGAAGAUACAGAGGGAGAAGAAGAAAUGUAUGUGAGGGAUGAUCAGCAGUGUAUGGAGGACAAAAUCCCUACAGAUAUCAGCACAGGUGAAUGUAACAGAAGAAAUAUAUGGGCUGAACGUCCCAUUGUAUCGCGAGAUUGUGAAAUUGAAGCUAAAGAUAUCAUGCGAGAUUCUCUGGAAAACUCUGUGAUCCCAACUCUAUAUCCAGAGCCUCAAAGUGCAGAUAUAUUAUCUCUUACCUCUAACCAAGAGGAAUGUUCACCUGUUAACUCAGAUAUUGGUCCGUCCAUCACAUCUCUUAGGGAAGAUACAAUAUUUCCCAGUACUGUACAGGACAAAUGUUUUACACAGAGCACAAAGCUUAUUACCCAUCAGCCACCUGAGACAGGCGAGAGGCCAUUUUCAUGCUGUAAGUGUGGAAACUGUUUUUCACAGAAAUCACAUCUUGUUCUACAUGAGAGAAGUCACACCGGUGAGAGGCCAUUUUCCUGCUCUGAAUGUGGAAAAUGUUUUAAACUCAAAUCACAGCUUGUUAAACAUCAGAGAAGUCACACAGAUGAGAGGACAUUUCCAUGCUCUGAGUGUGGGAAAUGUUUUACAUGCAAAUCACAGCUUGUUAUACAUGAGAGAAGUCACACAGGUGAGAAACCAUUUCCAUGUUCUGAGUGUGGGAAAUGUUUUACAUGCAAAUCAACUCUUGUUAUACAUGAGAGAAGUCACACAGGUGAGAAACCAUUUCCAUGUUCUGAGUGUGGGAAAUGUUUUACAUGCAAAUCACAGCUUGUUAUACAUGAGAGAAGUCACACAGGUGAGAAACCAUUUCCAUGUUCUGAGUGUGGAAAAUGUUUUACUUGCAAAUCAACUCUUGUUAAUCAUUAUAGAAGUCACACAGGUGAGAGGACAUUUCCAUGCUCUGAGUGUGGGAAAUGUUUUCCAUGCAAAUCACAGCUUGUUAAUCAUGAGAGAAGUCACACAGGUGAGAAACCAUUUCCAUGUUCUGAGUGUGGGAAAUGUUUUAAUCACAAAUCAUGUCUUGUUAUACAUAAAAGAAGUCACACAGGUGAGAAACCAUUUCCAUGUUCUGAGUGUGGGAAAUGUUUUGCACGCAAAUCAUAUCUUGUUAUACAUGAGAGAAGUCACACAGGUGAGAAACCAUUUCCAUGUUCUGUGUGUGGGAAAUGUUUUACUUUAAAAUCAACUCUUGUUAUGCAUCAGAGAAGUCACACAGGUGAGAAACCAUUUCCAUGUUCUGAGUGUGGGAAAUGUUUUAAACUCAAAUCACAGCUUGUUAAACAUCAGAGAAGUCACACAGAUGAGAGGACAUUUCCAUGCUCUGAGUGUGGGAAAUGUUUUACAUGCAAAUCACAGCUUGUUAUACAUGAGAGAAGUCACACAGGUGAGAAACCAUUUCCAUGUUCUGAGUGUGGGAAAUGUUUUACAUGCAAAUCAACUCUUGUUAUACAUGAGAGAAGUCACACAGGUGAGAAACCAUUUCCAUGUUCUGAGUGUGGGAAAUGUUUUACAUGCAAAUCACAGCUUGUUAUACAUGAGAGAAGUCACACAGGUGAGAAACCAUUUCCAUGUUCUGAGUGUGGGAUAUGUUUUACAUGCAAAUCAACUCUUGUUAUACAUGAGAGAAGUCACACAGGUGAGAAACCAUUUCCAUGUUCUGAGUGUGGGAAAUGUUUUACAUGCAAAUCAACUCUUGUUAUACAUGAGAGAAGUCACACAGGUGAGAAACCAUUUCCAUGUUCUGAGUGUGGGAAAUGUUUUACAUGCAAAUCACAGCUUGUUAUACAUGAGAGAAGUCACACAGGUGAGAAACCAUUUCCAUGUUCUGAGUGUGGAAAAUGUUUUACUUGCAAAUCAACUCUUGUUAAUCAUUAUAGAAGUCACACAGGUGAGAGGACAUUUCCAUGCUCUGAGUGUGGGAAAUGUUUUCCAUGCAAAUCACAGCUUGUUAAUCAUGAGAGAAGUCACACAGGUGAGAAACCAUUUCCAUGUUCUGAGUGUGGGAAAUGUUUUACUUGCAAAUCAACUCUUGUUAAUCAUUAUAGAAGUCACACAGGUGAGAAACCAUUUCCAUGUUCUGAGUGUGGGAAAUGUUUUAAUCACAAAUCAGGUCUUGUUAUACAUAAAAGAAGUCACACAGGUGAGAAACCAUUUCCAUGUUCUGAGUGUGGGAAAUGUUUUACACGCAAAUCAUAUCUUGUUUUACAUGAGAGAAGUCACACAGGUGAGAAACCAUUUCCAUGUUCUGUGUGUGGGAAAUGUUUUACUUUAAAAUCAACUCUUGUUAUGCAUCAGAGAAGUCACACAAGUGAGAAACCAUUUCCAUGUUCUGAGUGUGGGAAAUGUUUUACUCUCAAAUUCGAUCUUGUUAUACAUGAAAGAAGUCACACAGGUGAGAAACCAUUUCCAUGUUCUGAGUGUGGGAAAUGUUUUGCACGCAAAUCACAUCUUGUUAAACAUCAGAGAAGUCACACAGGUGAGAAACCAUUUCCAUGUUCUGAGUGUGGGAAAUGUUUUGCACGCAAAUCACAUCUUGUUAUACAUGAGAGAAGUCACACAGGUAAGAAACUAUUUCCAUGUUCUGAGUGUGGGAAAUGUUUUAAUCACAAAUCACAUCUUGUUAUACAUGAGAGAAGUCACACAGGUGAGAAACCAUUUCCAUGUUCUGAGUGUGAGAAAUGUUUUACAUGCAAAUCAAAGCUUGUUAUACAUGAGAGAAGUCACACAGGUGAGAAACCAUUUCCAUGUUCUGUGUGUGGGAAAUGUUUUAAUCAGAAAUCAGGUCUUGUUAUACAUGAGAGAAGUCACACAGGUGAGAAAACAUUUCCAUGUUCUGAGUGUGGAAAAUGUUUUACUUGCAAAUCAACUCUUGUUAAUCAUUAUAGAAGUCACACAGGUGAGAGGACAUUUCCAUGCUCUGAGUGUGGGAAAUGUUUUACAUGCAAAUCACAGCUUGUUAUACAUGAGAGAAGUCACACAGGUGAGAAACCAUUUCCAUGUUCUGAGUGUGGGAAAUGUUUUACUUGCAAAUCAACUCUUGUUAAUCAUUAUAGAAGUCACACAGGUGAGAAACCAUUUCCAUGUUCUGAGUGUGGGAAAUGUUUUAAUCACAAAUCAGGUCUUGUUAUACAUAAAAGAAGUCACACAGGUGAGAAACCAUUUCCAUGUUCUGAGUGUGGGAAAUGUUUUGCACGCAAAUCACAUCUUGUUAUACAUGAGAGAAGUCACACAGGUGAGAAACUAUUUCCAUGUUCUGAGUGUGGGAAAUGUUUUAAUCACAAAUCAGAACUGGUUAUACAUGAGAGAAGUCACACAGGUGAGAAACCAUUUCCAUGUUCUGUGUGUGGGAAAUGUUUUACUUUCAAAUCAACUCUUGUUAUGCAUCAGAGAAGUCACACAGGUGAGAAACCAUUUCCAUUUUCUGAGUGUGGGAAAUGUUUUGCACGCAAAUCACAUCUUGUUAUACAUGAGAGAAGUCACACAGGUGAGAAACCAUUUCCAUGUUCUGAGUGUGGGAAAUGUUUUACUCUCAAAUUCGAUCUUGUUAUACAUGAAAGAAGUCACACAGGUGAGAAACCAUUUCCAUGUUCUGAGUGUGGGAAAUGUUUUGCACGCAAAUCACAUCUUGUUAAACAUCAGAGAAGUCACACAGGUUAAAAGCCAUUUCCCUGCUCUGAGUGUGGGAAAUGUUUUGCAGAAAA